AUGGUUUUCACAUUUGAAGAAUCAAGAUAUUUGCUACCAUCAGAAGAAAAGCCGAUAGAUUACUAUUAUUGGCUUCGGAUCAUUUUGCGGUUUCUUUCUGAGGUGCAAGAUGGACACAGUCAUAAGUUGUAUUAUCUCCUUGAUACAUUCGAUACUCACAUCCGAGUAGCUACAUUGGAGCCAAGCAAUUUAGAUGAAACCGUAAAAUGCGACUAUUUUUUCCGUUUUGGUAGACCUUUAUGGUACGCUCAAUUAUCGUCGGCUAUCCGAGUUGGCAACAACCUUAGUUUCGAAUUAUAUGUGGUUGUGUCUGAAGAUUGUCAAACUGUUAUUACAUCAUCAUCGUCUGAACCACAUUUGAUCCAAGGAGGUUACCGUGGUGAGACUUUAGCACAAUUGAUACUUCUUUUUGCAUGGGAUAAACAUGCAAUUACUCGCUCUUCUCCUUUAAAUAAGGCUUUUAAUGAUAUUUGGGAAGCUAUUAAAGACACUGACAUAGCAAAUGGACAGUUUCCUGUAAAGAAAAUCAGGAAAGGCACUGAUUUGAUUAUACCAGUUUUAAUCAAUGGAAAAUGGAUGAAGAGAGUGUUACAUUUAUAUUGGUACAGGUCAAAAACCAUUCGAUUAAAACAUCAUAUCGCACAGAAACCACUUCAAAACUUACACCUGAAUAUAUGGGAAUGGAAGAUACUAAAAAAUACACGUUGUCACAUAUAUCUUUUAUAUAUGCAAAUUGGCAUUGAAGAAGUCGAACAUAAAAUUCUCUUAUCAAAGAAUCCAAAUCAGAUAUCUAUCGCACUUUUUGGGUUAACUAAAAAAUUAUAUAACUGUUUGAAUUUCAAAACUGAUGAUGAAUCGAGAAAUCCUUGA